AUGGUCCCGCUCCCUUUGCCACUCGCUUCGCGAAGCGAGCCGCACAGCCCGGCGCCGCGUCACACGGAGAUGUCUCCGGAGAUCCGUCAAUGGGCGGCGAUUGAAGCAAAGAGCGAUACCACCCGCGACGACCUGCUCCGCGAAUCUUUAGCGACGCCAAUCACGCCAACCGUGCGACGUACGAUCGGCGUGACGAUUCUUCUCAAAGCCGCGGUCUACUUGAUCAGGCUAAGAGAAAGCUUCGUUGGAAUGACCAAUGGAGGAGCUGACGCCAACCGAGUGACCCAGCCCAGCGCUACCGCCGACGCCACUGACGGCACCGCCGCGACGCCGACCGCCAACGACCGCCUCGCCGCGAUCGACAUCGGCUCCAACAGCGUCCGCAUCGUCGUCGCCAGGGCGGUCGAUGGCGGCUACCAGGUGCUCGACGAAGAGCGUGAGAACACCCGGCUCGCCGCGUCGCUCGCCGCGACGGGGCAUCUCUGUCCCGACACGAUGGCGGCCACCAUCGCCGCGCUGCGCAGCUUCGUGACGAUGGCCCAAGGCUACAACGUCGCGAACAUCCGCGCCAUCGCCACCAGCGCGGUCCGCGACGCCGCCAACGGCCGGGAGUUUUGCCAGCGCAUCCAAGAAGAGCUCGGCCUCAAGGUCGAUAUCAUCCCGCCCCGCGAAGAGGGCCGGCUGUCGUUCCUCAGCGUCGCCCGCGCCUUCGACGUUUCGGACAAGGCGGUCGCCGUCGCCGACAUCGGCGGCGGGAGCACCGAGAUCGUGCUCGCCGCCGGCGGCGUUGUCGAAGAGGUCUACGCCACCCGACUCGGCGCGGUGCGCGUCGCCGAGGCUUGCGGCCUGACCGGCGUCUGCACCGCGAAGCAGAUAGACGGGGCCGAGCGCCACAUCGACGACGUGCUCCGCCGCCACGCCCGCAAGCCGCCGCUAGCGCCGGCGAUGGUCUACGGCGCCGGCGGCACCUUUACGGCGCUGGCGUGGAUGAUGCUCGGCCGCGAAGGCGCCGGCGAGGACGCCACCGCCCGCGGCUACCGCGUCAACCGCGCCGACCUCAACCACCUGAUCGCCGACCUGGCGCGGAUGACGCUCGAAGAACGCUCGAAGGUCUCGGGCCUCAACCCCAAGCGCGCCGACAUCAUCGUCGCCGGGCUCAUGGUCAUCGACCGCAUCCUCAAGCACUUCGGCGUCAACGAGGUGCAGGUCCACACCGGCGGCGUCCGUGACGGGCUCCUCUUGACGAUGGUCGAGUCGUCGAAGACCAGCGGCCGCGCCCUCACCGCUACCGAACGCCAAGAAGCCGUCGAGCGCUUCGCCGAGCGCUGCGGCACCGACCUGCCGCACGCCCGCCAGGUCGCCUGGAUGGCGUCGAAGCUGCUCGAAGAACUGGCGACGCAGCUCGAACCGUCGCUCGGCCUGCGGGUCUCGGACAAGCCGCUGAUCGAGGCCGCGGCCGUGCUGUCGAACGUCGGCUACCUCGUCAACUACGACGGGCACCACAAACACAGCUACCACCUAAUCAUCAACAGCGACCUUCCCGGCUUCGAGCGCGACGACCUCCGCGUCGUAGCGAACGUCGCCCGCUAUCACCGCGGCUCCCGCCCCAAGCAGAAGCACAAGCCGUUCGCGGCGCUGGGCGUCGAGGACCAAGAGCGCGUCGCCAAACUGGCGGCGAUCCUCCGAUUGGCGCUCGCCCUCGACCGCACGCACCAGCAGCAGGUGAACGACGUGGCGGUGAAGGUCACCAAGUCCACCGUCGAGAUCGCCAUCCGGGCCACGGGCGACGCCGAAGUCGACCUCUGGGCGGCGCGCCGCAAAGUCGAUCUCUUCGAACGCGUCUUCGGCCGCAGCGUCGAGUUCGUG